CGUCUGCUGGGGUGGGGGGGAACAUGGCCAGAGACAGGAGCAGACCCAACAAAGCAACCAAGAGACCCGACUACACCCUCGGCCGCCCACUAACUCUCGGUCAGUGUCCAGUCUGCAUGGAUGAGCGAGGAUGCGUCUAAGGCAGGGGUGUCCAAACUUUUUCCACUGAGGGCCGUACACGUAAAAAUUUAAGCAUGCGGGGGCCAUUUUGAUAUUUUUCAUUUUCAAACCUUAACAAAAUAUAUGGAUUUUUUUUUUUUUUUUAACCUUUAGGGCUCCCGGGGACUAUAAAGGGUCUCAGUCAUUAAACUGUUAAAAAUAAGUCAAAUUAUUAUUUUAUUUUUUUAUUUAACGCUUACAGUAAAUCUCUAUACCAACUUGAGGUUGAUAUAAAGUAAAAAAAAAAAAAAGGUUUUCUGUCAAAGACAACUUUGUUUUUUAUAGUAAAACUGAAAUAUGCAGUAUUUAGUAAUUAGAGCCUUAAAAGAUCAAUAAUGCAGGACACCAUUGAUUUUAAGUCUUUAAUAUUUUUGAGUAAUCACAGUGAAAAGUUAAAUACAAUCCUACUAAAUAUAUUUGGGAUCCAAAAGGUCCCCCACUCAUAAAGUGAUACAUUUUUAUUAGUUUUUUUUUUACUUUCAACACUUAAAUUACGAGAUGAACUUCAGAUAUAUCUGUCGAUUUUACGUUUGAACUAUUAUUUUGUUUGUUUUAUGCUCUUUUGUCAAAUAAAACUUUGAUGUUUUUAUAUGGCAACCACACAAUAUAUGCAAUAUUUUUUCCACAUAAAACAUUUUAAAGUGAUAUUUUUAAGUAAUAAUUCAAUAUAACAUAGAUUUUUAGUCUUUUUUUUUUUUUUAGCAAUGGCAAAAAAAAGAAAAAUAAACAAAGACAAAAGAAAAAAAACAGCCUGCAUGGCAGCUUUGUGUCAACAUUGCAACUUUUUCUUGUUACAUUUCACCUCAUUCCACUUUUUUUAAAUGUUUUUUUUAAAUUUUUGCAAUAUUAUCAAUUUUGCAAUUUUUGCAGAAUGUGUGGCGGGCCGGUAAACAAUUAGCUGCGGGCCGCACUUUGGACACCCCUGGUCUAAGGAGACCGAGGUGUCCGAUACCUGCUCAUUCAGCCAAGACACUGUAAAGCUUGUCCGUCCCGGCGCUCAGCGCCAGCUCCGCAGUCUCCUCCAGUCUCUCCAAACGGACUUUGGUGUGGCAGAGACCCAGCAGCUGGUCUCCAUGGCCAGAAGGCUCCCGGGAGGCAGAUCCAGAAGUUAACAAAAAAGCCCCGCUGAAGUCACGAAAGUGCUACCCCUUGUCGCACAGUCCCAAAGGGCCCCGAACCAAAAGCUGGAGUCAGGAGACGGCAGACUGGGCGCAGCACAUCUCGCCUACGCCUCACAAACAACGCUGAGCGGAGCAGAGCCGACUUAUAUGAAGAAGAAAAAAAAAAGAACCGGAGAUCAGCAACAGGUGGACACUUGAUGGCGUAAAAGUCUAAGAUUUCACGUCCGCCAUGUCGACCAGUGAAAGCGCUGAUCUGGACAGCGGGUCGGACGUCAGCCCCACAAACAUCACCUGUGUCGGGAAGGAUCCGUCGAUCACCACCUCUGUCAUCUCCAUGAGUUUUGGCAUCCUAUCCAACAGCCUGGCCCUCUACAUCCUGCUCAAAUCCUCCAAGCGUGUUCCUCUGAAGUCCAAAGCACCCUUCCUGGUGUUCGCCACCAGCCUGGUGGUCAUCGACCUGCUGGGCCACCUGGUCAACGGCUCCCUCGUGCUUUUCGUCUACAGCCGGCAGAAGAAUUGGGAGAAGUUUGACCCUCGCGGCUACAUGUGCAACCUUUUUGGAGCCAGCAUGGUGUUCUUCGGCCUGACCCCACUGUUCCUGGGCUGCGCCAUGGCUAUAGAGCGCUGCAUGGGGGUAACCAGGCCCUUUUACCACUCCACAGGGCUGGUGUUCCGUCACAUGAGGAAGCUGCUGUCCGUCAUUUGGCUGUUCGCUGCCCUGGUGGCCCUGCUCCCGGUGCUGUUAUUGAAGUCCUACGGGGUUCAGAGAUCCAGGAGCUGGUGCUUCUUCCAUCUGGGGAAGCCCAAACACUGGCUGGAUGUGUUCCUGCCUCUGUUCUUCUCCCUGCUGGGCUUGCUGGCCUUGCUCUUCUCUAUCAUCUGCAAUACUGUGACCAGCUGCUCUCUGCUGCUGUCCACAAGGCACCGCAGGCAUCACAGUAGAGGAACAUCUUACCACAUCGAGAUGAUCUGCCAGCUGCUGGCCAUCAUGCUGGUUUCCUGUGUUUGCUGGGGGCCUUUACUGAUCUGUGUCAUCUUCCUGAGCUCCAAAGACAAACCCGAGCCAUCGUCUGACAGUCUCCUGUUUGCGGUUCGCAUGGCCACGUGGAACCAGAUCCUGGACCCCUGGGUCUACAUACUUCUUAGGAAAGCAGUGCUGAGGAAACUCUACCUGAUGUUACAAAGAUGCUGCAGGUCCAAGGCCCUCCAGGAACCGGUGCAGUGGCAGCACAGCUUCCUUCAAAACUCCGCGUCGAGCAGCUGCAGAUUCGGCCCAAGUGAAUGCCGUUGCUUUGAUGGACUAUUUGUGCAAAACACUCGAAUCACUCUGUCUGCUGACUCGAACACUCAAGUGUUCCAUGUGGUCAUAUCCGUAUGGAAGAAAUGCUGAAAGAAAAGGGAAAUAUGGUCAAUAUUGUCAAGGAUGUGGAAUUCUAUUUGCAAAAUGAUCUCCUCAGUUCUUAAACUAUAUGUCUUAUGUACAAAUCAAAUCAACUUUAUUCAUAAAGCACAUUUAAAAUUUACCACAUGGGUAGCCAAAGUGCUGUACAAUGGGCAGGUUAAAAGAUGAUACGAGAACCGAGCAAACACAACACAACACAAACAGAACAUGAUAAAAAAUAAAUAAAUAAAACAUAAAAACAGGUUCACAGCAGGUGUAUUAUGGGGCGCCAUUGCAGGAUGGAUAUCACUCAGUGUUAAAAGCCAUGGAAUAAAAGUAUGUAUUUUAAGAGAGAUUUAAAAACAGGAAGAGAGGAGGCUUGUCUAACACUCAGAGGUAGGUUGUUCCAGAGAUUGGGAGCAGCAGCGGCGAAAGCUCUGUCACCUCUAAGCUUCAGCCUUGUGUCAGGGACCGUCAGUAGCAGUUGAUCUUAGGGAUCGGGUGGGGCAGUAAGGCUGAAGGAGGUCGGAGAGAUAUGUUGGCGCGAGGUUGUUUAGACAUUUAAAAACAAAUAAAAGGAGUACAGUGUAUUAUAUAACUAAUGUUCAGGCCUUUAACAUAAUCACACCAUUACGAUACGUUUAUUUACCUAAAUGUGCUGUAUAGGUUAUUAUUAAUGUGUGAUUUUCAUGUUCCCUUGAUAUUUAUGUCGUGUUGUCAAAGUGUUAUCAUUUUGAAUACAAAUUACAGACAAGCAGUGCCUCUCUGCGGAUAAGUUUAGUUUGCUUACGAAAUACAUAAUCGUUAUUUGUUUUAAUGACACCUUUUCUAUUCUAUUCUAUUCUAUUUUCCUAUCUGACCAUAUUAAAGCAACAAUCAUUUUCACGACUGUGUGUUCCUAUGAAUGAAUAAAACAUUAAUAUUACAAUGUGACCUGUUUUUUUUAAGUCUAGAGUUUAGAGUGAAAAGCAAAUUUGAUUUUCACUCGCAUACAAAACAUUCUAACUUGGAUUGUUUCCCUGGCUUCGAGACUCUCCCGAAGGACAGUGCGGCAAAGACACAAAAAAAUCCCUGCUUGUCUCUCAUGGUCACACCCUGUUGUUGUUGACUUUGGACUGACAAGCGGCUGCAACAACACCAAGGCCGCGGAACAGAGACACACGGCAGGCUUACACACACACAUGCAUCCACAAAAAAUGUACACCACACACACAUACCCCACCCCCCAUCCAACGCCCUUGACGCGAAUCCCUUAGGGGUGAUGGACGGCUGGGCAGUGCCUGAAGAGCUGCAGCCCUGCCACCGUAGCCCCCUCACCCUCCCCUCUGUUGCAAGUCUCGAGUUGUAUGUUGUAAUAUGUAUAUGUGCUUUGCUAUGGAGUUUUUCCCCACUCCAGACUGGGCCCCCCUAGGAGCCCAGUCUAAAUUGUAUUUUUUUACUCAUCCACCACAACGUUUACCUUUUUCCCAUCUUUUACGGGGUGCCUUGUGGCCACCCAUCAG